UAAUUAGAAAACGUGUUUCAGAACGGGCCUAUUUUACUCUACAUCUCUGUUCUACAUCGAUUUGUGGUUUUAUAUUUUUGUUGCGAAGAAGUGGUGGUCCUCAUAAAUACAAAAAAAGUGUUUUACUGGAAAUACUUACCCUUUGAUCAUGGCUUUCCUGGUGAACAACAUACGCCGUUGCAUUUGCUUAAAGAGUUUCAGCAGUCCCAACAUUGUUCAGACUGCAUCAUAUCAUGCAAAUGUUAUUGAGCAUUAUGAGAAUCCACGCAAUGUGGGUUCUCUUGACAAGAAGGACAAAAAUGUUGGCACUGGUCUUGUUGGAGCCCCGGCUUGUGGGGAUGUGAUGAAAUUGCAAAUCAAAGUUGAUGAGAAUGGCAAAAUCAUUGAUGCCAAGUUCAAGACUUUUGGUUGCGGAUCAGCAAUCGCUUCAAGCUCUCUUGCUACCGAAUGGGUAAAGGGCAAGACUGUUGAUGAAGCACUUAAGUUGAAGAAUACCGACAUUGCUAAGGAAUUAUCUCUGCCACCAGUCAAGCUGCAUUGCUCUAUGCUUGCUGAAGAUGCUAUCAAAGCAGCACUAUCUGACUACAGGAUUAAGCAACAGGGAGCGAAGAAAAACUAAGCACAACUUAGAACUUCAAUAUUGGAACAGAUCUGUGAUUUUGUAGAAUAAGACCUAUUCACGAAACAUUGGAAAGAUUAUGAAGGAUUUUUAUUUAGUACUUCUUAUUUAAUCUUAUUUCUCAUCUUUUAUGAUAAUAGUUAAUUUUUAGCAAUAACAAUCUUCUGAGGCUGUUUAUUUAAAUAUAAAAAGACUGGAUAAUGAUUUGUGGAUAGGCCAGAGAAACAGAAUGGAAACUGGAUUAGAUUAUAAUAUCUAAUUAGCUUAUCCUUGCUACAAUAUUCCUCAAAUUAAAAUAUGUUAGCUGCUUGUUUUAAAAUCAUCUAUACGCACUUUAGAAUGUAGUGUUAUUGUUAUUAAUAAAUUACUCAAUAAACUGAAGAA